GGGGAGGGGGCGGCCCGCGUCUCCCCCGCCCCCCAGCUCCCAGUCGGGCCCGUGGCCGCGCCUGGGGGUCCCUCCUGCCUCCCCCCACUGCCCGGACCCCCCGGCCCCCUCCAAGGGGAUCGCCCUGCUGCAGCGGGGCCCCCCUCCCUGGAAUGGAGGGGGGAGCUGGCCUGGGGCCCUGUGUGCCCCCACCUGCUUCAGGCUCCGAACCCCCUUCGUGGGGGGCUGACCCCCCAGCUGCAUUGGGGGAGAGAAAAGGGGGCCAGGGUCACUAGGGGUAUUCUUGAGAUGGGGGGUCCCUCCUCUCCAGGCCCCGCCCCUCGGACCCCCCCGCCCCACCUGCGCAGAGGGGCAGGCGGGUGUUCAAUCGGGGAAGCUGCUCCCCCUCGCGCAGGCGGCUGCACCUGUGGAAUAGCUGCCUGUUGCUAAGGCGCGCUCCGCCGGCCUCCCCUGGGGGGGCCCUCCUGUUUGUUUGUUUGUGUGCGUCUCUCUCUCUCUCUCUCUCUCUCUCUCUCUCUACAUUGAGCUCUCUCCCCAUAGAGCUCCCUGGCCCCGCCCCUCCACAGGCCCCGCCCCUGCGGCGCAGGCCCCGCCCCCGCCAGCCCGCUUCCUGCGCGCCGCGGCCGUUGCCAUGGAGGGGCGUGGCUGCCUGCGGCGCGCGCGCGCACUCACGCUCGCCCUCCCGCCGACGCUCCUUCCGGCGGAGGCGGUCUCGGGCGCCUUCUUUGGCGGCGCGCGUGCGCAGUGCGUCGUCCGCGCCGGCCGCGCGCCAAGGGGCGACUUAGGGGCGGAGCCGGCGCGAGGUUGUGCGGCGACGCGGCCUGGCCGUUGGCGUAAUACGAAGAGGGCGGGUCCGGCCCGCGUGACGGGCGGCCGCGGAUUGGUCUCCUCCUCUCGCCGCCUCGCCAUUGGCUGCCGGGCGGCGCCGCGGGGGAGGACGGGAGCUGCCCGUUUGAAUCCGAGGGCGGUUGGGUCGGAGAGGGAAAAGGACGGCGAGGAGGAGCAGAAGGGCGUCGAGCGCGGCGCCGGUGAGGCCUCUGGGGCGGGCAGAGGGGCGCCUUCCUCAGGCGGGGGGGACCAGCCAAGCGCACGGGGCGCUUCCGUCUCUGCCGAGCCCCAGCAGCGGCGCUCUUCCUGGAGAUCGGGGGAGGCAACCGGGGGCCGGAUCCGGCCCAGUCGCCUUCUCAAUCCGGCCCGCGGAGGGGCCGGCACUCAGCGUGCUUUGACAUGCGUAGAAUGUGUCCUUUCGUUUAAAAUGCGUCUCUGGGUUCUCUGUGGGGCAGAGGAAUUCGUUCUCCCCCCCCCCCAUAUAGUCCGGCCCCCCCCAAGGUCUGCGGGACAGUGGACCGGCCCCCUGCUGAAAAGGUUUGCUGACCCCUGUCGAGCCUCCAGGCCCAGAGGCAGCCUAUCUCGAUGCCUUGGUGCUGGGGGGCAGCUGGACUAGCGGGGCCUCCUUUGACCUUGCAGGCUCGGCUUCAUUUCUUUGGCCUGCCACUGGCGUCCUGGCGGCUGAAGGUGUCUUGCUUCUCCCAGAAGGCCUUGCCUGGAGCUGAUGGAUGGUCCGCCUCCCGUGAGUCCCUUCCGGGGGUCUGGGGGCUUCUCUCUCCCGCCUGCCUCGGGCUUCGACACCCCCCUCCACCCCGCUUUUGUGAUUCUUGCAUUGCAGGGAGUGGGGGCCCCUUCCGACUCAACGACCCUCCGUUUCUCUCUCUCUUGCACCCCACCUCAGUUACCACUCAGGGAGCAGAAGAUGAACUCGGAGGAAAAAAGUUUCCUGCUGCCAAAAGGCCCCUCCCGGCUCCCUGUGUCUGGGGUGCGCCUCAAGCGCCCGGCCAGCGAUGAGAAUGAGCCCCCCAAGGUGGACCGGGUGAGUUCUCAAGCCCCUCCCUUCUGCUGCAUGGGGUGUAUGAAUGGGGCAUUGCCAUUUCCAGCAGAGAGGGACGUUGAAUAGAAUCAGUGAGGUGGUCAGGGACCCCUGCAGGGCAUCCAGCCUGGCCCUGGAGAAUAACAAACAGCUGCCCUUUCCUUCCUGCCAGAAACGGGCUCGGGGUCCCCUGGACCCUCCCAAGCGGGGAGGACCUGUGACAGCAGCCCCCUCCUUUCCGAAGCCUCCGCCAGCGGCCCCUGGGCUCCGAGGCCACCGCCAGGCCGGUAAGCUCUGAUCGGGGGGCGGGGCAGAACCUGGGGAGCCCUUCUGGACUUUGCUGUAACACAGCUUUCUUGGCAGGGGGGCGCCGUCGCUCGAGCACUCGGACACGGGGGACUGCGGGUGUGGCAGGGCCAUCCAUCACAGGUAGGCAGCGGGCUGCAGAAGUGUCCCUGUUAAGGGUGCCAUAUCAUACCUGUAAGGAAUUGAUCAUUUAGAGAAGCAGCACCCAUCGUGUUAUUUUUCAAAAAUAUUAUAAAUAUUGUUGUAUUGAUUUCCAUUACAGUGGUGCCUUGCUUCUCAAACGGCUUACUUGUUGAACAAAUUGGCUCCUGAACGCCGGAAACCUGGAAGUAAGCGUUCCGGUUUGCGAAUCUUUUUUAGAAGCUGAGCGUCCGACACAGCUUCCGAAUGAGUGCAGGAUGCUCCUGCAGCCAAUUGGAAGCCGUCCCUUGGUUUGCGAAUGGUUUCGGGAGUCUUGGACUCCUGGAACGGAUGAAGUUCGAGAACCAAGCCACCACUGUAUAAAAAAAAAUGGCAUUGCAUAGCUAACCUAUGGAACUUCCGUCCACAGGAGGUAGUGAUAGCUACUAACUUGGAUGGCUUUACAAGAGGAUUAAACAGAUGCACGUCCGAGAGGGCAAUCAGUGGCUACUAGCUGUGAUGUCUGCUCUGCUUCUAUGGUUGGAGGCAGAAAUUCUUCUGGAUACCUGUUGCUCGAAGCCACAAAGGGGGAGGGGGCUCUUGGGCUUGAAUCCUGCUCUCUGGUUUCCCACAGGAAACUGGCCACUGAGAACAGGAUGCUGGACUAGACAGGCCCCUUGGGCCUGAUGCAGUUAUGUUCUUACAACACCAGGCAGCUAUCUUUGCUGGACUCUUUUUGGCACCUGCUGAAGCCAUUUCAGUUUUGGCAAGCUGAUUCAGACGUGUAGAACGUGGGUGCCCCGUAAUCCUGCAUCUGGUGCCCCUUUAACUUGUGUGCAUUCAGUGUAGGAAACAAUAUAAAAAGUUUGGAGAGGGGCUGGGAAAAAUGCUCUGGCAAUCCCGCCCACCAUUAAACCCAGCAUAUUUCAGCUAUAUGCGAUUUUGACUUUAGGCACAAUCCGUGGAAUGGAACCCCCACAUAGGUCGCUUUAAUCUGUCUUGAGUCCCUUGCUGAUUUUAUGUUUUGAAGUAUUACUAUUGUUUGGAGAUAUUUCAUGAAGCAACGGAGGGGAGACAGGGUCCCCUUGGGAAUCCUUUCACUGCUUCAUGGCUCAUUCCUUGUUUCCCAGCAGGAUCCCGUCGGACGGUGGCUGCGGCAGCCCCUAAGCCAGGUAAGGCCUGGAGAAGGGAGGGAGGUGCCCCCUCCUGUGCCAUCCUUGAGCCGCCACUGGGACCAUCACACUGUCCUCUCUAUCCCUCUCCCCUUGGCAGCCGCUGCUCCUGCCGCUGCUGGUGGGGGUGAGAAGAAGCGGGCCCCCUGGGACUUGAAGGGGCAAGUGAGCGACUUGCGGGCCAAAGUGGGGACCUACAAGGAGAAGGCCCAGGGGCUAGCCGGGGAGAAUGAGGCCUUGAGGCAUCAGCUGAACCAGCUGGAGAGGGAGCUGAAGCAGGCGACGGCCCGCAGCCAGCAGCUGGAGGGGCAGAACAGGUGAGUGAGCGGCAGCCUGAGAAGGGCAUGGCGGGCUCCUUCUGCUACUCCUGCUGCAGGAUCUGACCUCUGCCCUACCCUCUCUUUGCAGUGCCUUGGCCUUGGAGCUGCAGACCUGCCAAGCGCAGGCCACAGAGAGCCUGCAGAGGGUGGAGCAGCUGGUGGAGCGGGAGCAGCAGCUGCAGGAGACCGUCAAGAGCCAGGGCCAGACAAUCCGGGAGCUGGAAACCGCUGGCCGCAAAGCCAGGGAGGCCAAGGAGGAUUUGGCUGCCCAGCUGGAGGCCAGAGAGGUGAGUGGGGGCUGGGGACCCUUCCACCCACCCUUUAAUGGAGGUGCUUGGAAUCCCAAGGUGAGGUGAGGAAUCCUUGGGACUAGCCAACAUCUGCUUGUGACUCCUGCAUUGCAGCGGGUUAGACUAGAUGUCCCUUAGGUACCCUUCUGAUUCCACAAUGCCAGAAUCAAUAUCAAAGUUAAGGGGUGGGUCCUCAGCCCCAGAAAAGAGAACUAGAUACCUUAAAAAAAAAUUUUUUUAAAAAAUUAUUAAAUAUUUUCAACAUAUAACAUAAUACAAACCAAACUAGUUUAAAAAAAGAUAAUAAGAUGAAAGAAAGACAUUGCAAACACUUUUGUAAAUCAAGAAUUUUUAAAUAAAAGAUAAUAAGAAAUACAGGAAAAAGCAAUAAAAGGUGGGAAUAUAAGGAGAAAAAGAAAGAAAAUAAAUAAAAACCACAACAAUAAUAGUAAUAAUCACAAUAAAACACAAAAUUUUAUGUGUCUAGCCCUCUAUCAUAAUUAUAUCCUAAUUUUCAAUCCCCAUACAGAUAAGUGUAUCCCUCUCAGCUCUCUCUGGAAGUGCUUCCCCUUUUCUCAGCCUCACACCCUGUUUCUCACACAAGUCCCUUUUCUAUCCAUCGCAAGAGGGACCUAGAUAUUUGUCUGGUGGAAUUGCUAACCUCUGCUGUGUCUGUUCCUGCUGGUGCUUUUCCUUUCCCAGCUGAGGAAGCCUGCGUUUGCCUCCUCCUCCCUCAGUGAGCCUGUGGCGCUCCUAAUCUGUUGCCUGGCUGAGAGGGCGGGUGGGCGGCUCUGGGUUUGAGGUGGACCGUCCCUCACUGCCCCUGGGGUUUCUCUGACGCAGGCGGCACUGGGCCUGGCGCAGGAGAGCCUGGCCCAGCGGGCGCAGGAGAAUGAGGCGCUGGCAGCACGCAAGGCCCAGCUGGAGCAGAAGCUGCACGAGUCAGAGAUGGAGCGGCGCUCCCUGCACAACGCCGUCCAGGAGCUGAAGGUGGGCCGGUGGUGGUGGUGGGGCUGGCGCUGGGGGUCCCUUUGUGGGGCUGGGUGCUGAUGAGUCCCCGCUCCCUCCAGGGCAACAUCCGUGUCUUCUGCCGCGUGCGCCCCCUGCUGAGCAGCGAGAAAGAGGCACAGAAGCAGGGGAUGAGCCACCUGCGCUUCCCGCCAGACGACAGCAAGAGCCUUGUCUUAUCCAAGGCGGAGGAGGUCAGUCUGGGGUGGGGGGACAAGGUGGUUGUCGAAGUCUUGGUGGCAUCUUGGGCUGUCACAGUUGCCAGGGGACGUCAGGAAGUCUCAACCUGCCGCAAAGCCUGCCGAGAGCCAGUGUGGUGUAGUGGUUAAGAGCGGUAGAUUCGUAAUCUGGUGAACCGGGUUCGAUUCCCCGCUCCUCCACAUGCAGCUGCUGGGUGACCUUGGGCUAGUCACACUUCUCUGAAGUCUCUCAGCCCCACUCACCUCACAGAGUGUUUGUUGUGGGGGAGGAAGGGAAAGGAGAAUUAGCCGCUUUGAGACUCCUUAAAGGGAGUGAAAGGUGGGAUAUCAAAUCCAAAUUCUUCUUCUUCUUCAAAUAAGCCAGUGUUGUUCCUGCAAUGACCUUUUACAGCAGGGUGGUUCAGGAGCAACCCAAAUGUUGAUGGCCAGCCCAAGGCCAACAGACCCAAUGCCAGCUGAAGGAUGUGUGUGUGAGAGAGAGCAUUGUGGCCCCGGGAGAGCUGGCCAAGCGGGAACGCGGCCCCUGUCACCGCUUAGUCAGUAGAGCAUGAGGCUCAUAAUCUUAGAGUUGUGGGUUCAAGUCUUGCUUGGGGGGUGGACUAGAUGAGCCUUGUGGGUCCUUCCAACUCUGCAAUUCAUUGAUUCUCUGCCAGUCCCACGUUGGCCGGGAGCGAAAAGAGGACAUUGUCUAUGAGUUCAACUUUGACCAGGUCUUCCCUCCGUCCAGCUCCCAGGAGGAGGUCUUUGAGGAGAUCUCUCUGCUUGUGCAGGUAAGGAAAAGCAUUUUAUUCUGUGAACCACCCUGAGAUCUUUUAAUGAAGAGCAGCACAUAAAUAAAUUAAAUAAAGAUAUAAAAUAAAUACAUUAAGGGGGGAAGCGGCCCAGUUCUUCUAGUUUGUUAUUAUGUUGAGUAUGGUACAGUUGUAUCUUGGUCCUCAAAUGCCUUGGUACUCGUACAGUUUGGCUCCUGAACGCUGAAAACCUGGAAGUAAGUGUUCCAAUUCCCAAACAUUCUUUGGCAGCCUUAGACUCGGUUCGACAACCAAGGUGCCACUGUAUUAUGAUGAUGAUCAUGGUGAUGAUUACCCUGCUGAUUUGGCUGGUUUGUCCUGUGAGCCUUGGCUGAAGGAUGGUUUGGAAAUUUCAUCUAGAGUGGCUGUUCCCUCUGGAGGCAGGUAGGGUCUGGUGGACGCCUGCAUGACGGCUUCCCUUCCUCCCCGCAGUCAGCCUUGGACGGCUACCACGUCUGCAUCUUUGCCUACGGGCAGACGGGGAGCGGCAAGACGUACACCAUGGAGGGCCCCGACUGCCAGGACCCUUCCACGGCCGGCAUGAUCCCCCGCGCAGUGCAGCAGAUCUUCGAGAAAGCCCGGGAGAUGGAGGCCAAAGGCUGGAAGGUGGGGGGCAGAGAGGGAAAGUGGUCCAAAGGGGGUGGAGGGGCGAGGAAGCCGCAGGAGACACCCGCUGCAUUCACUCGCCAUGCUGCAAUUGCCAGGGUGGUUUCACACUGGGCAUGGGAGCUCCCAGAGAGGGCACUGGUGAGAGAGGUUCUCCCAAGCCCUCUGAGCACUCGGGGAGGGGGCUGCCUCUUUCACCCUCACCCGCCCCACAGGAUGGUGAGACCGCCAGUGUUUUUCUGCAGGGCCUUCCGCUCAGCCUCACAAGAUCCUCUGAACACCCGAGGGCUGGCCUGUCUGAAUUCCUAGGCCUCGCCUUUGGAAGCCUCCUCUGCAGGCCAUCUUGGAAUAGCCAUGCCAGUUAGUCCCCGAGUCUGAGCUGGGAGCGAUGUACCGGAUGGGCACGCGCCACCCCAGCCGCCUUCCCUGCUAUGAUCCUGCCCCUCUUCCUGUCUCCUCCCAGUACCAUUUCACUGCCAACUUCCUGGAGAUCUACAAUGAGUCUCUGCGGGACCUGCUGGUGUUGCGCCCUGAGCGGGGCUCCGAGCUGGAGAUCCGGCGAGUGAGCCAGUGCACGGAGGAACUGCACGUCCCCAACCUCUGCUACGUCCCCGUUGCUUCGGAGCAAGAGGUACCGCGGUUGGGGGGGGGCAGCUGUCUGGGAUUUUCCAGGGGGGUUCCAGCGGUGCAGGGGUUGGGUAGAUGACCUCUGGGAUCCCCUUCCAACACUACUAUUCUUCCACUCUGCACUGUGUCCGGCCUCCAGCCUGCUUGCAAGGGGUGGAGGAGAGGCAGAAGCCAGAGAACCAGCCCCACUGUGACCCAUUUUAGGGCCUUGGUCUGGGGACAAGGCAGCCAGAGUGUGUCUGCAUCCAAAGCCUCUGAGGGGAGGAGCAGAGUGAGGAAGAUGGGGUUGGGCUAGAUGACCCUGGGGGCUCCCCUCCAACUUUGCAGUUCUCUGAGAGGCUUCUGUCUCCCGCUGUUGUAUGAAGGCAGGCAAUGGUAGAAACUCCAAUAUAGAAGCUAGGCACCAAGCGGCUCCUUAAACCAAGGUUAAACUCACCCAAAUGGAAUGUCUAGUUGCCAUUUUGGGGCCAGGCGGUUCUAAAGUCUUAUUUUUCAAAUGAUGGACUGAUUGACUGAUUCUCAGUUAAACAUCUGGCUAGUUCAGAUGACCACCUUGAGCUGGGAUUGGGGCAGUCCACAUAUCUUGGCCUAUUCCAACUUCUUUUUCUUAACAGUACAUUCAGAAUAUAAUAAUAUUCUUUGCAACUGAGAGUGGGGCCGUGGGGGCGGGGGAGUGAAGUCAAGUGAGAACAAUGAACUGACAUUGUUCACUGCUCCUGCUCAGGCUGCUGAGAGAAACCAUUUUGAUUCCUGAUACUCACUCUGAUUGUGCAGCUAAAAUGUAAUGGAUAGAAUUCUACAGGAUGAGGUACUAGUGUGUGGGAACAGUCUAGCUCCAAGGAUUCCCAGGCUUGCCCCUCCAGGUGGGGAUGUCCAACGCCAUCUGGCGCCCGGGCAUCUCAGUUUGGUCGCAAGUAGCCAAUAGCCAGGGGGGAAAUGUGCCCGGCUAGCCUCUUCACGCUGUUUGCCGGGGGCUGGCUAGGGCCAGAUGAUCUCAGGGGUCCCUUCCGACUGCCAUUCUCCGCUUCCUGCCCCCUGCUUGCCCCCUCAGGUGCUGAAGCUGCUCCAGAGGGCCAAAGCCAACCGCUCGGUGGCCAAGACCCAUCUCAACGAGCGCUCCUCCCGCAGCCACAGCCUCUUCCAGCUGCGCAUCGAGGGCCACAACGCCAACCGGGAGCUGCACACCUCCUGUGAGUGUAGCCGGCGCCACAAUCCCCUGCCGAAACCCUUCGCCGGAGGCCUCUGUCCCUGCGCUCCCUUGCUCCCCCUCUUCUAGGCCAGGCCCUCUGUCCCUGGUCCCCAGCACCCCUCGGGGGAGAUGGGGGCACCCACCCUCACUCCUCCUUUGUCCCCCCGGCAGCCGUGCUGAGCUUGGUGGACCUGGCUGGCAGCGAGCGCCUGGACAGGUCCCUCUCCACAGGUGACCGCCUCAAGGAGACCCAGGCCAUCAACAGCAGCCUCUCCAACCUGGGCUUGGUCAUCACCGCCCUCAGCAACAAGGUAGGCGGGAGAGGGGGUCAUGCGUGCCUCUGGGUGGGAGAGUCCCGGCCAGCCAUGGGGCAGUCCUUCACAGCCCCCCAGCCGGCCUCCUGCAGUGCACUGGUCUUCUGCGAGGGUGAGGAUGUGGCGUCCACCGCUGUCUCACGUGUGGGGUGCCCACCUGUCAGGGGCUCUAGAACUGUGAUUCCUUCCAACUCUACAAUUCGAUCAGGAAUGGGACAGCCUCACGAUGCUGGCUGGCGAAACCGGCCUGCCCUAAGUGGGGAGGAGGGGCCCCCCAACAUUUCCCCUUCCUGCACCCUUCCUUGUCCGCUUCCUUUGCCCCCUUGCAGGAGGCCCAUGUGCCCUACCGGAACAGCAAGCUGACCUACCUCCUCCAGAACUCCUUAGGCGGCAAUUCCAAGAUGUGAGUCGGCAAGGAGGGAGUUGAUGGCUCCCCCUCCCCUUUGACGCCUGGUCUGCACUGUCCUGCCAGGAACGCAGGGGGUUGGGCUAGAUGACCCCUUUCAACCCAGACGUCUCUGACAGGGGUUCCAUGCAUCUGUUUCUCCUCACCCUCCUGCCUUUUCCCCCAGGCUGAUGUUCGUUAACAUCUCGCCCUCGGAGGAGAACUUUGCCGAGUCCCUCAAUUCCCUUCGCUUUGCCAGAAAGGUAAGUGACUGCAGCAUCCGGCUGGGGGGCGGGGAGGUCCCUUUCUCUGGGCUGAAGGUGCAUCCUGACUGUAGCUGGAUGGAGGAGGUGUCGGCGGCAGCAGCAGCUGUGGGGACCAGUUUCUGGACCCCAAAAUCUGCCCGGUCUUGCCUUGCAGGUCAAUGAAUGUGUCAUUGGCACAGCGUCAAAUCGGAAGUGAGGGCGGCGGAGGCGGCUGGUCUUUCUGCUUCUCGGAUAGCGACCCCAUUCUUACUCUUUUGUCUUUUAAAGUCUUGAUACUUUUUUUGUAAUAAAUGUUUAUAUUUCUGAAUUUA